AUGGCAUUUUUUUGUUUUCUGAAACGAACCGCGGAAAGGGGAAAGGUGGGGAAAGACCGAAAUAGGCGACAGAAAUGGCGACGGAGAAGCGCAGCCGCCGGCGCUCACCGUCGGCCGCCACGCCGAGCGCCUCGCUGACGUCCUCCUCAAAUCCAGAAGCCGCUAUAUUGCACUCACCUUCCCCAUCGCUGGACCUCAUCCCCGACAUCACCUCCCGCCUGAUCUCCCUCGAGGACUUCUUCGCUCUGCGCGCCUCCUGCCGCGCUUACCGCGCCAUCCUUCCGCCGUCCAGCGAGGCCCUCGCCUGCCAGUCCCCGCUCCUCCUCGUCUCCCUUUUCCCCUCCUUCUCCGAGGCGUUAUUCCACCUCUCGCUCCGCCGCCUCCACCGCUUCCGCCUCCCCUGGGGCCAUCACCUGCCCCCCUCCCGCCGCACCCUCCACUACGCGCACGGCUACCUCGUCACCGCCACCACCGCGUCCUCCCACUACCCCCCGAGGCUCAUGCUCCUCCACCUCUUCUCCGGCGAGCAGCUCCGCCUCCCCAAGGUCCCCGCGCCGUUCACCCGCGUCGUCAUCUCCGACGACCUGGCCGCCGUCCUCUUCCUGCCCGGCAGGUCCAAUGUCCAGCACUGCCACCCUGGGGACGCUCUCUGGCGCGUGGCCACCGCGGAUGCGCCCCACGUUGUUGAAGAUAUGCUCUUCGUCGAUGGCACCCUCUACGCCCUGGUAAAUGGCCUCCGUCUUGCCACAGUCGAACUGUCUGAUGGUUUGCUGGAACUAUCGUUUCUAGGAGAGGAGGUGGAUGACGACAGCAAGCCAGCAGGAGGGCAGUUCAAGCUCGGAGAGUGCGGCGGUGACGUGUUGCUCAUCAGUGAGGAUCACACGGGGGUGAUGCUGUACCGUGUUUAUCGGUGGGUUUUUGAGGCGGGGAAGUGGGUUUCAAUCACGAGCUUGGGCAGGCGGACACUGUUUCUUGGUUUCUUCGGAUUUGCAGCCUGUAUCGGUCCAGAUUACCCAGGAAUCCGAACGGAUUGCUUAUAUGCAGCUGGGCCACGCUUGGGUGAAUGGCACGAGUACUCCUUGGCUGAUGGAACUUGCGAUGUUCGCUAUGCUGAUUAUCCAGGUGCACCACCGCUGAACAACAAUUCACCUACCAGACCUCCAGUCUGGGUCUUCCCCAGUCUGUGUUGAUACUGGCUGUGAAUUCUUCCACAUCAUGUAGAACAUCUGACGCUGACUUGAAAUAAGUCAUGGUAUGCUGAUUUCUGAGGUUGCUAUUUCUUAAUCUUAAUUUUAUUUCUGUAAACAGUAUGUUGUUCAGCAAUGAGUAUUGAAACACAAUAUAUUACUAGUUAUUUGUUAUACUGAUUGGGUAUAGACUACACUUGUUGAGUGUUACUAUAAGAAUAUAUAAUGCUCAUCCUGCCCAAAGGGAAUGGAUGGUUUGUCUAUGCAUUAUGCUCGUUUUCUAGACCUUGGUAAUGUUAUUAAAUCAUAUAAUCAAACCUAGUCGACAAGGUGUCAAUCAGCGAUUAGUUGUCAUCAGGCUCAAUUAGUCGAGCCUAGUGGUUGGUAUACUUGUCCUGAAUAUAUAUACCAGUAUUGACAUGCUAUUUGUACAUUUGUACUCCGUUUUUUAAUUUGUCGUGUUUUAGUUAAAAAAUGAACUAGCGGGCAACAAAUAUUGGAGAACGGAGGUAGUACUAUCCAAUAUAAUUCAAUAGUCACUUGUGAAAUUUGAUCUGUGAACUGUCCAUGUCUUUGCUAACUAUUGGAGGAACUUUUGCUCAGGGCCUUGCAUCACUAUAAUGGCUAGCAAGAUGCUGCUUGAACCAUUUAAUUCCUGUAGGCACUAGCUUCUUACAGAAUAUGCAUUGCAGAGUCUCCUUCUGAGGAUCAGGCCAGAACCCAAAUGUCUAUCCUGGAUCAUAAGACCUAGCCUUCCCUUUAGGAUCUUUAACCAUCUCUUCAGGAUAUGGUGUUAAGGCAGCUAUGACCUUUUCUGCUAAGUGCUAAGGAUUUAGAUGUGAAAUCUGGAGCAGCAGAGGAAGCAGUGGCAGUAGCUGAUGAACUUGUGACAUCUGCUUCGAUCACAGGAGGCAUUAUCACUUCUACCAUAGCUGCACGCCGUUGAUCUUGAUCCACAUCUAUAGGAUACAGGCUUAUGUAAGCACCAGCAGCAUAUAGGACUUGAGGUAAAGGCCUAGAGCAGCAAGAACAAAAGGCAGCAGCAACCAGCAAGAGUAGAAGGAAACAAAAAAUAGAGCAGCAAUAGCAGGCCAUAAAGAUUCUAGUAAUGAACUAGAAACACAGCAAUAAGAUGGAGGAUUGAAAGACAAGAUAGUAAGAGGAUGCGGCAAAACACUAACCUUCAGAGGAGGAGCUCAUCUUCGGACGGCGGCAGCACACAACAGAGUAGCAGACGGGCACAACCUCCAGGCGGAUGUGCUUGAGGCCUCAUGGGAAUGCCUGGUGGAAUGCAGUGUGAUUAGUUGAUGUCGGACAACUAUACAACUAAUCGCUGACCUAUUUGAUGGACCUGAUUAUUGCUAGAGGAUUGAUAACUUAAUAACAUGCUUGGUUGAUCUAAUUUUGCUUCUUUCUUGGUAUAUGAAUAUUACCAUGACAUCGCAACAAUGAGGACGUCUCUGUGUAUGAAAUUACAAAUUUAGUUUAUUGUGGCUUGAAGUCUUGAACUUAUAUUACUGGUGAGUUUGUCUUCAACCAACAAGCUAUUCACAAAAUUGCUCAUUGGUAUUGAAUAUUGAUGUAUCAUGGUAUGUGAAACCAACUUUAAAGUACUAAGGUCUUAUUGUCUCAACAUGCUGGAUCUCUUUUCAUAAGUUCAGUACUUAAGUCAUAUGAUUAAUUCAUCUUACUAUAGCACCUGGUUUUGUUAGACUAGAUAGUUCAGGAGGUGUUGAGAGAAAUGAUGAAUAGUUACUUCAGGAGGUUACUUUGAAUAGUUAGUUCAGGUUUUCCUCGAACAAAAUUAGUUCAGGGUAAGUUGUCAGGAUAUCCAUAUAACCAAAAAACAAAGCCUUGCAGGUUACCACCAUUCUUCCACUGUAACAAUUUACUUACAACGAGGCAUGUUUGAGGAAAAAAAAACUUACAAUGACACGGUUAGUAGAACCAAAAUCUGAGGAAUAGCAGAAGAUUUAACUCAGCACCUGAUAUUCUUGAGGAUGUUUACAUUACGUAAGCUUAUUUGCUCAAUGAUCUAUGCGGAUACACUUCUUUUUUUUUUCAUUUAGGCUUUACACCCAUGAUUGUUAUGUAGUCCUUAGUCCUGACUAAACAAUGUGACUGGCUGACUGCUAUGUUCAAUGAUUUCUGCGAGGACUUACUGGAGUCGGCAAUUGGGAGUAAUGUUUCAGACCAGAACCUGAAAGUCUCACAGUUUAUCUGUAGAUCAAAGAGCAUUCGCCCUUGAAGAACCUAGAAGACCAGACCGCUAGAUUAAAUGGUUACGCCUAUUGUCUUAUGGUUUGUGGUUAAAAAUUUGUGCCGUGUUUUCCACACGAGUUCUGUACCCUCCAUUUCUGAGGAUUUUGAGUUGAUAAUGAAAGAAACCAGUAUCAUCUUACAUGAGAUUGGUUAGG